AUAGGCUGUUCAUUAACAGACCGAAGUUUGUUCACCACAAUUAACGGAGAACAAUUAAAGAGAGCGGUGAAAAGAUCGAAUCAGUAAGGACGGUUUGCUUUCGAGCAGCUCAUCUCUUGAUGCCUCCAGAUAAAUCGCAUGCGGGGGUGAGGAACUUUCCGUGCUUUUAUUUUCAUCAUGACAUUAAGUUUUUCGCCCUUCUCCAUUAAAGACAUCCUCACCGGAGGUGAUGCCCGGGGGAAGUCCGGUAGCAAGAGUACAGAGGCGCUCUGCGCACCAAAGCGCAACAUCUGCACCGAGCACGAUGGCACCAGAGUCCCUGAUCUGUCUCUCCAAGACGCGGAGGAGAACCGCAUCCAGCCGGAGAGGCUUCCUCCCGAUCUCAGGCUGUCUUUAGGAAACCUCCGAUCUGACACCUACAGCGAGGAGGCCACAGGAGAGGAAACUGAGCUCAGACAAGGCGCUGCAGACCAGCAACUACAGUGUGUGGAGCUGGAUAAACGGCAGAAACAGACGGCGGAGACAGAGGAUGAGGGAUGUCAUGACAGCGGGGGAACGGUCAGCUGUUCAUCCGAUGAGCAGCAGUCCAGGCCCGGUACCAAGAAGCGCUCCAGGGCGGCCUUCUCUCACGCACAGGUCUACGAGCUGGAGCGCCGCUUCAACGCGCAGCGAUAUCUUUCAGGCCCCGAGCGGGCCGAUCUGGCGGGAGCUCUGAAACUCACAGAGACUCAGGUAAAAAUCUGGUUCCAGAACCGGAGGUAUAAAACUAAACGGCGGCAGAUGGCGGCGUGCAGCUCACCAAGGAAAGUAGCAGUCCAAGUGCUGGUGAGGGAAAAUCAAAAGCAGUACCCUCACGCGAGUGGAAUACACAUCCCGGUGACUGUGCCACUGUACCAGGCUUACCAGUUCCACCCUUACCUGCACUACUGCUGCCAGCCGUGGAGCAUGAACAGCAUGUCGUGUGGAGGGAUGCUCUGAAGCGCUCUCUGAACUGUGGACAGUCAGUGGCUUCAACAAGUGUCACAAGGUGUCUGCAGCGUCUGUUCAGUCGGUGAUGCUGCACCACAUGGGACGUUUUGGUGCAAAGACACAUUUCUGUAGCCUUUUCUUUCAGACUGGUUGAGACUUCAAAGUUUUCUUUUUCAAAUAAUUUAACUGAUUUUCAAUUGUGGUUAUUGCUUGUCUCAUAGAAAGUCAGUUUGCCAUUUUUGUUCCCUUUUUAAGAAAAUAAAAUCAGAACUUGGAUAUUCAUGGUUCAUAAAAUGCUAUGGUUUGUCACCAUGACUAGUUAAAUUUAGAUCCAGGCCUUUGGAAGUUGUUAUAAAGGUAAAACUAAAAUAUUUAUAUAUCAUAUAUAUGAUGUAUCCUAACAUUUUGUGCUGUGAACAUUAGUGUGGGCAUAUUGUGAAGCUCUUUUCAGACUGAUUGGAUUAUUUCUGUGUGAAGAAAUCUUUCAAAUUUAAGGCAAGAUUUGAAUGUGGUCAUUAUUUUCUAACGAUUUACUAGAAAAUAAUAAUAAUUUAAAAAGUUACAACUUUGGUCUGCUGGGCCAUGUUCUCAUUAUCGUACCUUCUAUUUUAUGUAAUAUUUGAUCUAUGUAAUUACAUAAUAUAUAUAUUGGGGGAUGGGGGUGUCAGAAAAAAAGGGGAAGGUUACUCUGACAUAGCUGGGAGGGUUUUUUUUUUUGUUUUGUUUUUUUUAAAUCACCUCAGAUUUAUAUUUUAGCAUUCCCUUGUAGGAGUAAUAGAAAAAUACAGUUUCAAUUAUAAAAAGAGAAAUUUAAGAUUUAAUUCCCCUCCCACAGUGAUUGUUGUACAGUCCUCAAAUAUCACAAUACUGAGAAAAAAAAAGUCUAAAAGUGGCAGUGUGUAAUCUAAAUUAUAUCCUACAGUUAAAUGUACUAAACAAACAAAAAUGUGUGCUCUGCAUUCAUUAGCGUAGUUAAAUUAAAUUGGUGAAUUUAUAGAUACAGUAUACUUGAAUGAACUCCAGUGGGUCUGAGAGCAUGUAGCUGUAUGUUGUUAAACAUCUACAAAUUAUUUACAGAAUAUAUGAGUGUAAAUAUACUAAUUCAGGUCUCUUAAUUCUCAUAAACGGCUCCUGACAAGGCGCUUCAAGAGCCCAUACAAUGAUCUAUAGUUGCUUUUUCCCCCUUCUUAGUGACUGCCAGUGACAGUCCAUUUUAAGCAACCCGGCAGAGCAGAAAGGAAUCCUGAAUUUAUACAAACCCAACAAGAGAAAGUAGCUUUUCUCCAUGUGCGAGAAGUAUGACCGAGACUCUGACGUUUUUAGUAGGUAUUUAUUUUAUGUAUGGGACAUCUUUAUUGAUCACAAAACUCAACGCGACACCUCAAGUAAAGAACACAUUCUCUAUAUGAGGUUUUAUGGAGCUUUAUAAGCUUUCGGAGAGUCUGUCUCUUUGUGUACUUGUUCUCUUUUACACACAAUGCUAAAGUGACAGAUUAAGAAACAGCCGGGUCGGGCUCAGAAAGCAUGAAAAUAUCAUUUACUUUAUACUCUUUAAAAGGUGUGUGUGUGUGUGUGUGUGUGUGUGUGUGUGUGUGUGUGUGUGUGUGUGUGUGUGUGUGUGUGUUUGUUUGUGUGGAAAGGGACAUGUGGUCAUGCAUCACACAUCAUACAAAGAAAUGCAGACAACAGCAAACUGAUUAACUACUUAAAAAGAUUUACUGACUCACCCAAAUGAUAUUUAGAAGGUGAAUGUUCACAGUUUUGUUUUUUUUUGUUUUUGUUUUUUUUGUUUUUUUUUUUUAAAAGGUGUGGUUUCCCCCCCCUGUGUGUGUGAAGAGUUCUGUGUAGGCCUACUCUCUAGUGUGUGCUGCAUGAGUCAUAGACGGCAAAUAGACCGUGGAGAUGUUGCACCAUCCAGCUGGCCUGCACAAGACAGCACGCAUUAAUCAUACCUUACUGAAAAGACUGCGCCCUCAUCCCAAAGUAAAAAAACACAAUAGCCACACUUGAUAGGAAAAUAAAAACAUAAUUCUUAAACGAGGUGACUAGUGCUUUGGCAGGGUUCUUAACUGAUUGUACUCACCAGCCAGUUGGCACUCACUGCCAGAAUUGUGUGGCAUAAAUGGAGCCUGCCCUGACUGAUGCACUACAGAUCAACAGAUAAAAAGAAGACCUGUAUGUGGUUAGGAAUCUAAAAGAAAUACCUACACUGUACUUGUGUAGCAUGUUCAGUGAUUUCACUUUCACGCUGCAGUGUCAACAUGUGCAAAAUGUUUGCCAGUAUUUGUCUAAAGCAAGGUAGGUAUGUCCGUAUGAGCCUAGCAAAUAUUAUCAUUGCAAUAUAACAACAUUAAAGAGGCCGUGACAUCAAAGAAAUGUCAUCUAAAAUAGGUACUUCAACUUCCCAUUUCCCACAACAAGCUCCUUUGGCCGACAGGAUCCCCCUGUGCCAUACUCUGGCACCAACCCAGACCUCAUUUAUCUCUCACAUCAAAACACCACUUCAAGCUGUCCUAAGUGGUUGGCAUUGUGCACAACAGGUUUGUGGGCGGAAGAACUUACACAUCUCCUCUUUACUGUCUGACUGUAAGUUAAGCAGGGCACAAUUAAGUCUGAUUAUUUUUCAUUUACUCAGGGUAUAUUUUAUUCUAUUCAAAACUUAGACGACUGAGACUCUGCAACAUAAAAGGCCAUUGCGUUGUGGCUCCGAAGUAUGCCACUUUCUAUGAGCUCUCAUUAUUCACAUUGUGCUGGUGAAUGGUUGCUCUUGUCAUUGCCGUCUACCGUGACUAGAUAAGAAUUUUUCUUUCCCUGCACCCAGUCUGUGAUGUCACAUUGAUGUAAAUUUCCAUAGAGAACAAAGAAAGACACUGAAAAGGAAAAGUGAGCGUAAUACAACCCAAGAUGAUGUAGAUUGCUAUGGACCUCAUUCAGAAGUGAAGUUGUUCUUUGGGACACUUGGCUGACACCUGACAGCAGGACUUCCCCUUGUAUUUAGGUAAACGAUGACAAAUUAGGUUUUAUUUUUGGCCAAUGGGGCCAGAAACACAAGCAGUCACACAAUCACGGAAGUAAGGACAAGGACUGAAAAGGGGGAUAUUUCUACGAAGGAGGACCGACACAAACUUUAUUCUUGUUUCCUUGUGUGUGUAAUGACUGAAUUAAGCAAUCCAAACACAAAUGUGACUACAUGCGUCACUACGGACAGUUACCCCACAAACACCAACAGUGCCGACACAGAACAAACAUCAGUAAUAAUGUAAAAUGACAAGCACAGGUAUUUGUAAAAUAUAAUGAAGCGGCUUAUUUCUCGUACGCUCGCAAUCUUCAAAUCAUAUUUCAAAAGCACAACUCUAACAAUGCAAACAGGUUACAGGCUACCUCACCAACCGCAUGGCUACAGCAUGCAACAGCUCCGUAGACAACUGGUGUGGUUAGCAUUGCAAAGGGGUUAGCUUAAGAUGGCUAGCUUAAUUUUCCUCAGACAGGCUAAUUUACUUCAAUACUCCGUAAUACACAAACAUACUGCAAAACAUCUCGCUGAGCAUGUACACACAUUCAAUCUAACACACAAAAAUGAACCAUUAUCAUGAGGGGACUCAUACCUGAGAAGGGGGAUAUUUCUAUGAAAGAUAACGAACGCAAAUUUUUCUUCAGCUAUUGUGUUUACGUUCCCUCUGUUGGAGCCCUCCGGUUUCUACUUCUACUCUUAGCACCGCUGGUGUUAGGUUGACAUUAACAUGAGAUAUGAGAAAACAUAAGCUGCUGCAACUGACAAUAACAAACAAGAUAUAAUAUAACAUGAAAAUGCUCAAAUAUUAGAACAU